GCGGCCAUUCCUCGAUCACGAUCUCUCCCGCGAAAGAUGGCGACUGUCCAGACACAGAAGGCGCUCUUGCUUCACGCAGAAGGUGGAAAGUAUAGCGUCGGUGAUGCGCCAGUACCGCGACCAGGCCCCAAAGACGUUCUCGUGAAGGUGGAAGCUGCGGCGCUCAACCCGAUCGAUUGGAAGGUUACGAUUCCGCCGUUCUCUGGGCUCAUCCAAGAGUACCCAUUCAUUACCGGCACGGAUGGUGCGGGUGUCGUCGUUGAGGUCGGCGCCGAGGUUACGACUCUCAAGGAAGGGGAUAAAAUCGUUUUCCAGGGCUGGUUCACGAACCCACUGGCGACGCUCCAGCAGUUCUGCAUUGUACCUGCGGAGAUUACAGCGCUGAUCCCCGAGAAUAUCUCUUUCGAUCAGGCGGCGUCCAUACCUCUUGGACUGGCUACGGUCGUUCUUGCUCUUUACAAUCAACAUCCGGGUUACCCUAAGACACUGCGUUAUAAGCCGGUAUGGGAAGAGGGCGGGAACACAGAGUUCUCCGGAAAGCCAGCGUUCAUUAUCGGUGGCGCGUCGUCCGUUGGACAGUACGCCAUUCAGAUCGCAAAGCUCGCUGGGUUCAGCCCCAUCAUAGCUACUGCUUCUCCUCACAAUAUCGAGCUCCUGACCUCCCUCGGCGCGACGCACAUCAUCGACCGUUCGCUAGAGGCCGAUGCCAUACUCGCGAAACUCCCCGAACUCACUGGCGGAAAGCCUCUCGAGUUCGUAUACGACGCGAUCUCCCUUCCGGAAACGAUGCCGCUCGCGUACCAGGCGCUCGCCCCUGGAGGCGGCCUAGUCAUCGUGCUAGGCGACGUCAUUCCCGCUACGUUGAAGGACGAAGGCGACCAGAAGCAGAUUGCGUAUGUGUUCGGAAACGUGCAUACCCCGGAGAACAGGGCGUGUGGCGUCGAGCUGUACAAGAGGUUGACGGAGUGGCUGGAGAAGGGCAUCAUUAAGCCAAACACAGUGGAGGUGCUCCCAGGAGGUCUGGCCGGCGCGCCAGAAGGCCUUGAUCGGCUCGAGAACAACAAGGUCAGCGGGAAGAAGCUGAUUGUGAGGCCGCAGGAAACCGCCUGA